CGUGUCGUCACACUCGCGCGAAAAUAUGGCGGCCGAAGGUGACGCCAAAAACGGUGCUUCUUCGUUAUGGACGAGCAAGUGGACACCCAUUCCCCAAUCAGAAGAUGGAAGUGGAGCAUCAGACCCCGAAUUGUGUGGAUGGGUGUCCACGGUAGAACAAGCCUGGUCAGUAAAAGAAUCGUUUGAGAUUGCCAAGUCGCUCAAAUUUAACGCGGACAAAAGUCAGAAAUACACCGCCGGUGCUUCGCACGAUCCAGACGCGCAUACAGUCCUUCAACACCGGAUCCGAUUUGCGGAUGUCAAGGAGCACGUCGUCCCGAAUGAUGGUGUGCCGUUCAUCACUGCCUCUCGCAGUCAGAUGACUUGUAUGUUUGGGAGGGACAAACAUGCAAAAAGAAGAAAGAGGGCUCAAGAAGAACGAGAGAAGUGCUUAAAAAAAAAGGAAGAUCACCCCUUUAAGAGGCACUGCAGAAAACUGCAAGCCUCAAGGAAAAGGGGCUGCCCAGCUGCCAUUAUUGUGAAGGAGGUGUUUCGAUUUGUUGACUACAAGGUCGAGGCUGGCUGCACUACAUGGCAAGAACGUAAAAUAAGCAAGGCCAUCCGCACUCGUCUGGAGAGUGGGGUGUUACCCAAGUGGGAACAGAGGGUCUACAUACGCCUCCCAUGCGAUGCGGACCACAAAGAAAGUCACAGCAUAGGACAGCAUGGUCAUGGACUGUCAUGUGCUGAUGCACUUCGGAGAAGAGCUGUGUCGGAGGAUACCAUCGGUAAACUGAAAGACCUGUUUGAGAGUGGACAUUCUCCAUCAUCAGCUUUGGAUGCUCUGAAGUGCGAUCUUCGAGAGCAGCAUGGCGAACAAUAUGUUUAUGCCGCGGACCGCUCUGUGUGUCCCGAUCUUCAGUUCUGUUACAGAUUGUACCACAAGAUGUUCAAAAAGGUUUAUGGGGAAGUGUCCAGAGAAGAGACCGUUUUUGACCUUGAGAAGGAAUUCCAAAAUGGUGGGCAAAGUAGCAGGCCAACUCAAGACCAAGAUGUCCAAGAGCAGCUGCAGAACAUGUUUGACACCUUAAGUAGGAAGCUGGAGGAUGAUCCUGAGGUAUUCAGACUCCCAUUGCAGAGCUUUGUGUCAAAGUUUGAGACGAUUGCCACAGAUAGCGCACUUGCCUCUGCUUUGAGCUCAUUUGCUAAGCAUAGUACUCCUGCUGCAAGACAAAAGAUCAGGACAAAGAAAUGCCUUCAAACAUCGACAGAAAUCGGGUUGCAGCCACCAACCGCUGUCACGAAACGGAAGACUCCACCGGGAGGUCGCCGAGCUUUGAUCACAGGUCAGCCUCCAAAAACUGCCAGGGAGACGGAGCAUGGUGUAUGCUAAAGCAAAGAUCUAAUGUAAAUAUGAUGAAGAGAGGAGCCCUCUCAAAACUAAAAGCUUGUGCCCCUCACUCCAUGUCAAAAUGUGUAACGAUGUGCAUCGUUGGGUCGUACACAUUCAACAAAGUUACAAGCUUUAUCAAAUCAUUU